AUGACCGAGAAGAUGAAAACGCAAAGCAACAAGAGAAAUCACGACAAAUAUUGCGAGUUCCAUAGAGAUCAUGGCCACGACAUGGAGAACUGCUUCGACCUGCGCAACCACAUUGAAGACCUAAUCAGGCAUGGAUACCUCGGCGGAUUCAUCAAGAGCGAGAAGCCGGCACAGGAAGAACAACACACGGAGGAUGCUCGACCGCCGCCCCCGGCUCCUCCUGCUGCUGUGAUCCAUGUCAUAUCAGGUGGAAUCGCCGCAAGAGGGGAGAGUAGCUUGGGGCGUAAGAAGUAUGCGCGACUGUGCGAGAUCGACAACUGGGGGCACAAGAGGAAGCGCGACCAGACCAUCACAUUCACCGACGAUGACCUCCGGGGGGUUCAAAUCCCGCAUGACGAUGCCUUGGUCAUCACGGCCAAGGUGGUCAACCUCGAGAUAAGAUAG